AGGACUCCACUACAGCAAUGAGGGGGCAGAAUGACAGCUUUGCGGCUGAGUUCAUCCUUUUGGGAUUUUCUAACUAUCCUGAACUCCAAGGACAGAUGUUUGGGGCUUUCUUGGUUAUUUAUAUGGUGACUUUGAUGGGAAAUGCCCUCAUUAUGUCUGUCAUCUUCCUGGACCAGAGCUUGCACAUCCCCAUGUACCUGUUCCUGCAGAACUUGUCCGUAGUGGAAACUGGAUUCAGCACAACCAUCAUGCCUGAAAUGCUGGUGGUCCUGACCACCCAGAAAGCCACCAUUUCCUUUGGGGGCUGUUUUGCACAGAUGUAUUUCAUUCUUCUCUUUGGUGGGACUGAGUGUUUUCUCCUGGGGGCGAUGGCUUAUGACCGAUUUGCUGCAAUCUGCCAUCCUCUGUCCUACCCGGUGAUUAUGAACAAGAGGGUCUUCGUGAAACUGGUGAUGUGCUCCUGGGUCUUGGGUACCAUGAUGACUACUCUGCAGACCACAUGGGUGUUUAGUUUCCCCUACUGUGGUCCUAAUGAAAUCAAUCACAUCUCCUGUGAAACCCCAGCAGUGCUGGAGCUUGCAUGUGCUGACAUUUUUUUCUUUGAAAUCUAUGCCUUCACAGGUACUAUUCUGAUCAUUUUGACUCCCUUCCUGUUGAUUCUUUUGUCUUACAUCCGAAUUCUCUUCACCAUCCUGAGGAUGCCAGCCUCUACAGGGAGGCAGAAGGCCUUUUCUACGUGUGCCUCUCAUCUCACAUCUGUCACCCUUUUCUAUGGCACAGCUAGUAUGACCUAUUUACAGCCUAAAUCCAGGUACUCACCAGACACCAAGAAACUGAUGUCAUUGGCUUACUCUCUGCUUACCCCUCUGCUGAAUCCACUUAUCUACAGUCUGAGAAACAAGGAGAUGAAAAGGGCUGUGGUGAAAUUAUGGGAAAGAAAAGUGGUUUUCAACACAACCUGACUUGUUGGGAAGUCAUGUGAUAUUCAGAUAGAUCACAAUUGAGCUGAGUAUGGAUUAAGAAGAUGAAAACACUAAAUUCCUU